GAUGGAGGAAGAAAUGCAGCCGGCAGAGGAGGGGCCCAGCGUCCCCAAAAUCUACAAGCAGCGCGGCCCCUACAGCGUCCUCAAGACGUUCCCCGGCAAGAGGCCCGCGCUGGCCAAGCGCUACGAGCGACCCACCCUGGUGGAGCUGCCGCACGUGCGGCCGCCCCCGCCGCCCUUCGCCCCGCACGCCGCGGUCUCCAUCAGCAGCAGCGAGCUGCCGCCGCCGCCGCCGCAGCAGUUCCAGGCGCAGGGAUCUUUCCCCCCUGGGCCUGGCCGGGCCAACGCCGCCGCGUCGUCGUCGUCUCCGUCCGGCACGCCCGCCGCGUCCCAGGGCCACCUGAGGACUACGGCGCCGCCGCCCGCGGCCCCCGCCGCGUCAUCAUCCUCUUCUUUCGCCGCCGUCGUCAGGUACGGGUCGAGCCCGGCGGCCGCCGCGGGCAGCAGCAGCAACACGGGCGGCGACGGCGCCAGCCUGGAGCUCAGCGCAGAGAGUCGUAUGAUCUUGGACGCUUUUGCUCAACAAUGCAGCCGAGUCCUUAGCCUCUUAAAUUGUGGAGGCAAACUUCUAGACGCCAACCAUUCUCAAUCCAUGAUAUCUUGUGUGAAGCAGGAAGGCUCAAGUUACACUGAAAGACAGGAACCAUGUCCUGUUGGCAAAGGGGUCCACAGUCAGACCUCAGACAAUUUAGACAUUGAGAUGCAAUAUAUGCAAAGGAAACAACAAACUUCUGCAUUUUUGAGAGUUUUCACUGACUCCCUGCAGAAUUACCUGCUCUCAGGGAGCUUCCCAACUCCAAACGCCUCCUCGGUCAGCGAGUAUGGCCACCUGGCGGAUGCGGACCCUCUGUCCACGUCCCCUGUGCACACGCUGGGUGGCUGGGCCUCCCCGGCGACAUCGGAGUCCCAUGGUCACCCGUCGUCUUCCACGCUGCCUGAGGAGGAAGAGGAGGAGGAGGAGGAAGGCUACUGUCCCCGAUGCCAAGAGCUGGAGCAGGAGGUGAUCUCACUGCAACAGGAGAAUGAAGAGCUCAGAAGAAAGUUAGAGAGCAUCCCAGUGCCCUGCCAGGCCGUGUUGGAUUACCUGAAGACGGUGCUGCAGCAUCAUAACCAGCUGGCGGUCCCGCAGCCUGCCGACCAGCCGGCCGAGGGAAGCAAGCAGCUGUUGAACAACUAUCCUGUCUACAUAACGAGCAAACAGUGGGAUGAGGCUGUAAAUUCUUCCAAGAAAGAUGGGAGGCGGCUCCUUCGAUACCUCAUCAGAUUUGUUUUCACUACCGAUGAGCUUAAGUACUCAUGCGGCCUUGGAAAAAGGAAAAGGUCAGUGCAGUCAGGAGAGACAGGUCCUGAAAGACGCCCUCUGGAUCCAGUUAAAGUAACAUGCCUCCGAGAAUUCAUUAGGAUGCACUGUACCUCCAACCCCGACUGGUGGAUGCCCUCAGAGGAGCAGAUAAACAAAGUGUUCAGCGAUGCUGUGGGUCAUGCCCGGCAGGGGCGAGCCGUGGGCACUUUCCUGCACAAUGGAGGCUCCUUUUAUGAAGGGAUCGAUCACCAGCCUUCCCAGGAUGAAGUCUUCAAUAAAAAUUCCCAGGAUGGAUCUGGUGAUUAGUGGACAGAAUCUUUCCACACGAGCAGCUGGUCCUCUCGAGUUCCAAUGGUGAAUGUUCUGUUACCAUCACUUUAGAAUCCAAAGCAUGUCACUCUGUCAGACUUUACACAUCCUAAACCUUAACUCUCUCGACCUACUGCCAAACAGUUCCCAAUACAAGCCCAUUUUUGGGUUGUUUGGAAAGUGUAUGAAGCCUGCAGAGAUUUUCAGAAUACUAUAUUACACAAAGAGAAACCUACACUUGAUUUCAGAUGAUGACUAGUUAGAUGGUGAGGGUGGGAAAAAGAUAGGUGGAUUCUUGGUCACCUGUCUGAUACUUUCCGAUGAGCUCUGCUUCAUGAGCAGGGCUGGUCCCUGUGGAGAUUAGUUUGGUGCUCAUGGGAGAAGGUAGAGACACGGCAUUGUCCCGAGGGACAAGGAACAGGCAUUCUCAUUUUAAUUCAGAUAAGUUGUCUUUAUGUUUUCCAAAGACUUGAAUUUAUACUUCUCAGCAAAUACAUAGAAUAGGUGACAUUGUAUGUUGUGUCUACAUUGACAGAACCUGUUACUCAAACAGAAACCAGAGAUCAGAGGUCACCUCUAGACAAUGAUGAGUUGGAAGCUAGCUGUUUCUGUUACUUUUUACCAAAAAAUAAAAUAUCUACUGUGUUGAUAAGGAAGGCACUAUAUGAUCUCUGGAGUUGACAAACAGUAAAAGUUUUCACUGUGUCAGUCAAGAAACAUCCAAAGAUCCCAAACCAUUUUCAAAUGCUCGAUUUUGUAGGUUCAUAGAUGCACAAUUUCCACAGCCUUAAACCAGGCUCUGUUGACACAAUGCCAAAGUGAUGGCUGAACACGAGAAUCUUGGCCAGCUAGUCGGGUACACUGAGGACCAAGCAAGUGGUGAGGCCAAUGGUGUUCCCGGAGCUUGUUCCGGAAUCCGCGUACACACAGCUUCGAGGCCAUUCCGACAACUAUGCAACAGGCUUGCCAUUUCCCUGAAAUCUGAGGGUCUUUUUGUGCUGAGUUGAUCUAUAGAGUUUGCGUAAAUCUUGUUUCUCGUUGUCACCAAUGGAAAUGUUUCACCCCGGUUGUUGUACUUGCUUCCUAGAGAUGAUAGAAUCUGUUUCUGCUUCAAGUGUGGGUAGAAGGGGCGGCCUCCUUUAUCACCCUAAUCCAGAUAACUGUGUUCUUUGUAAAGCUUAGGGCUAAAUGGGCAGCUUUUAUUAAAGGCUGCUGCUGUUUAGGCUUCACUGGGAAUGGAGAGGAUGACAUUAGAGCAUUUGUUUAAAAAAAAAAAAGUCAUCAUCUUUUUUGAUAGGGAAAUUGAGAGAGGUUGUGUAUGUGGCUACUUCACAGCUAUAGAGCACGUGGGUGAUUUCAUAUUCUGGAUCUUUCAUUUAGUCAUAAACACUGACUGUGUAGUCUCUUGUCAGUCAUUAGCACAUUGACCUUCAUCAGAAUUACAAGGUGACACAUUAAUAUGUUACUUGACCCAGCUUCUCCACCUGUCAGAUAGCGAUAGGGACAGUUCAGUCCAGUAAGUUCUUGUAACAGCAGAUUUUCUCCCCAAAAUCUCGACAACAAUACAGACUUGGGAAUCUGCAAGUUCAUGAUGUCUGCAUUUUCCUGGCACUUUUAAUGGCUUGACCUCCUGAUGCGAUCAGAAAACAGAUGGAGUAUCAAGUAGGAAAGGUGCAGUUUUCAGAAAAAGGAAUGAAUCUUGCCCUCGUUUGAAUUCUGUCAUUCAACACAUACUCUGGAACCUUACCCUAAUGCCACAGACUACCUCCUUAGUUUUUCUUAGAUUUCAUUCAUUUUAAAAAAGUCUCAUUCUUGGAUAGCUUCAUUUUUAGAAAAGAUUUAAACUUUGCUCAUCAGUGCUAUGUCAUUUCACCAUACAAAUGCUUGUAAUUUUUGACAGCUCUUCUAUACCAGUUUUUAAAAAUGUAAUAGUGAUUUUCAGCAUAUGGUGCAAGUCUUGCUGGUGUGUGUUUAAUGUGGUGACACUUGCCAAAACUGCUUGGCAAAACAUGUCAAAUAGGAUGCUUGAGUCAGAACGCUAGUGUAAAUGUCUCUAAACAGCAGUAUGUAUCAUUAUGAUAUAUUUUUGUAAACAUAGUGAUGGCUUCUUUCAGUCAUGUAAGGACUAGAUAAAAAUAACCACUUCACUUGAAAUAAUGUAGGAAAAUGCCACCCAGUCGAGGGCCCUCUGCAGUUGAAUUAUCAGCCAGUGGUUAGGACAGUGAAGAAUUAAUGCUGGACAACAUGAAGUGCAAAAGUAAUAACUCACCAGUACUUGAGUCCUUCUUAAAAUUCAAAGCUGUAAUGAGUAUAUUUGCCUGUUAGGGACCACGUUUACCCUGCAUGGUGUGUUCAGUUGCAAAGAACAUUCAGAGGACUUCACUCAUCUAACCACCAGCUUGGUCAGUAUGGCUUACUGAUAGCACUAAACUGCCGUACCUUUGUGGUAAAAGUACCAGAUUAAAUUUCCUCGUGACUGUCCACAACUGGCUAAUACAAGCACUAGGCUUUCAUGCAAUCACAGUUCCCCAAAUUACAGUAAAAAACACAUCUGCUGAGAUGACUUACUCAAAAGCAGCUCAUUGUCAGAACGGCCCCAGUACAAACAAGCAGCCUGAUGGGUCUUGCCUGCGUUGGGCAAUUGUUCAGGCCCGUCCAGAACCACUGGCAAUAGCUGUGUGCCAGGUGUUCUGCUAAGCACUUUAUGCCUCCUCUCACUUUAGUCCUCACAAGCACCCCCUAGGCUGUUAUUGUUACCCCAUUUUAUUGAGCUGAUUACUCAGCUAGCAAGGGGAAAUCUUUGGGUUUAGAAAGUGGAAUGACUCGUUCCAUUUUCUCCAGUAGUUCCAGUUUUCUCCAGUUCUCAAAACCCAUCAACACUUUAGGAUAGAUUUGUUUAAUCGAAGUACUGACUAAAAUGACAUGACAAUUCACAUUUCCAUCAUAGGGUUCCCAGUCCAAAAAUGCAGGGAUAUAAAAGCAAAACUUUGAACUCACUGAAGUGUGUUCUUUGGGAGCAGAUAGAUGUUAGACGUGGCACUGGACACGGGUCAGCCAGCAUUCAUUCACUUUUCGCGUUUGUUGUAUUCGUAGCCUUAGAUCUGAUGAGUCUGGUUUGGAAGAGAGGGUUUUAACCAUGAUGUCACUGUGAGAAUUGUCGUGAAGAUUUUGUAGGAGAAUACAGUAAUCUGUUGAUAUUCUCCUGUAGUUGUGGCUGUUAACACUUUUGGCUGUGUUUUAAGUUUCAAGAGCUUGCCUCAGCCAUCAGAGCCUGGCUUAGUGUCUAGGGAACAGGACAUGCCAGGCCACGAGAGGGGUCCUGAAACCUUGGAGGUGGCUGCUCCGGUCCGACCCUGCCCCAUUUAAGCAUUGCCUAUGUGUGUGUGUCCUCUCUGGGACUUCUGUAGCAGCCUGACACUGGGGCCAACUUGCCUUUACUCUCUUUUCUAUGAAGAACACGUGUGCAGAAACUGUGACAAAUUCAUUGAUCCAGAUAUUUUUAUUGUUGAAGUCUCGUUGAUUCUCUAUGAAUAAUUUCUAUUUGAUUGUACUGUGUAGAGUUAAUACCCACUAGAGAUACGUUAAUAAAACUAUAAAUGCAUAGUGUAAUACAGGAUAGCAAGAUUUUUUGUGAACAAUUUAUAUAGAAGAGUAAGUUGUUUUUUAAGUGUUAGGCACAUUUCUUUUAGGAACUUAAAAUGUUAUAAGAGUUUUUUAAACAUUCAAUAUUUUUAAUUAUAAGAAACAUUUGUUACUAGAGCCAGUUAUUCAGGUGUUCUAAUUGGAGUAUUGAUUUUAUUACUUCAUAUACCUCUAGAAUGCCACAUGUUCUGUUGGAGAUAAAGUUGCACAAUAAAUGUUAAGUUUCUGUUAA